GAGACUCCCCUCUGGCUUUUGGGGAGCCAUAGACCAACCGAACACUCAACUCUGCAGGAGCAGACCUGGGCCAGAGUAGCCCAGAGGGGCGAGAGGACUGUGCUGGGGGUUCUAGGGAAGCUUCCUGGCAGAGGGGACCUUGGAGCUAGGCACUGAGGCUGAGCUUGUCAGAGGAAGAAGGGUAUACGAGGCCAUGGAGACAGCGGGAGGAAAUCUAGGGAGGGGUGAGAACUGUAGAGUUCCGAGAAAACUAGAAAUCUUCCCAGAAGUAUGGACAAGAUUUUCCUAGGGUCAGUGCAUAGGUUCCCCGGAAUUCUCUCCCGGUCACUGAGAUGCUCUUGCUUCGCCUAAGGCUAUGUAGUGGCCAAACGGGACUCAAAUCCUUUCCUCUCCGUAAUUCCCACCGCCCUAAGUCAAGCCCUGUUCUUACCCCCACCCUCUUUUCCGGUAUCUCAGAUCCCCGCUGCUCUAGGAUCCCAAAAAUUCUGUCUAGUGUUGCAGGGGGAACACCAUUUAGCUGCACCCGGAGUGCUAGCACCCUGUCCUUUCCUGGAAUCAGCCAAUAGAAGCUAAGAUCUUCAGUGGGUGGGCGGUACGUCUUCUAAGGGGCCCAAUGGUAACCGAGAAUUGUUGAGCCCUUUACGGAUCACGCCGCGAGGUGGGCGGGGCCUCCUGCCCUGACUAGCAAGCUAUACCCGGCUGGGCGCUGCCAAGGCUGGUCGCUGAUUGUGAAUCAAUGUGGCGGGUGCUGUGGACCCUGGUAGCCCGGGCGGCACGUGGGCCUCUCAGUUCCAGGCCGUGCACGCGCCAGAGCAGUGGCGCCCCGGCCCUGGGUCCCGGGUCCACUAUCUUCGCACUGAGCUCUGGCCAAGGCCGCUGCGGCAUCGCUGUCAUUAGAACCAGCGGCCCAGCCAGCGGGCACGCCCUCCGGAGCCUUACGGCGCCCCGGGACUUACCCCCGGCCCGCAAAGCCUGCCUGCGCCUGCUCAGCGACCCCUGCUCUGGGGAGCCUUUGGACCGCGCGCUGGUGCUUUGGUUUCCAGGUCCCCAGAGUUUCACCGGUGAGGAUUGCGCGGAGUUCCAUGUGCAUGGAGGCCCAGCUGUGGUGAGUGGCGUCCUGCAGGCCCUGGGCAGUGUGCCAGGGCUGCGGCCAGCAGAGGCAGGCGAGUUCACCAGGAGGGCAUUCGCCCAUGGGAAGCUGAGCCUGACUGAGGUAGAGGGGCUGGCAGAUCUGAUCCAUGCAGAAACUGAGGCGCAGCGGCGGCAGGCCUUGAGGCAGCUGGACGGGGAGCUGGGCCACCUCUGCCAAGGCUGGGCAGAGACCCUCACUAGGGCUCUGGCCCAUGUGGAGGCCUAUAUUGAUUUUGGUGAGGAUGACAACCUAGAGGAGGGCGUCCUGGAUCAAGCUGACAGUGAAGUGCGGGAGCUAGAGGUGGCAUUGGGCACACACCUUCGAGAUGCCAGGCGUGGACAGAGGCUUCGCUCAGGGGCGCACGUAGUGGUUGCUGGACCUCCUAAUGCCGGCAAGAGCAGCCUGGUGAACCUGCUCAGCCAGAAGCCUGUGUCCAUCGUGUCCCCUGAGCCGGGGACCACCCGAGACGUGCUGGAGACUCCCGUGGACCUGGCCGGGUUCCCUGCGCUGCUGAGUGACACGGCGGGGUUGCGGGAGGGCGUGGGGCCUGUGGAGCAGGAGGGCGUACGACGCGCCCAAAAAAGGCUGGAGCAGGCUGACCUCAUUCUGGCCGUGCUGGAUGCUUCUGACCUGACCUCUUCGUCUAGCUGUAACUUCCUGGACACUGUUGUCAUCCCCACGGUUGCUGGGAGCCCCCAUGGGAGCAGCCAGCGCCUCCUGCUGGUGCUGAAUAAGUCGGACCUGCUGCCUUCUGGGGCCCCAGACCUCCAUCCUGACCUGCCCCCCUACCUGCUACUAUCCUGUCUGACCGGCGAGGGGCUGGAUGGCCUCCUGGAAGCGCUGAGGAAGGAGCUGGCUACAUUGUGCGGGGAUCCAUCCACAGGCCCACCACUUCUCACACGGGCGAGGCACCAGCAUCACCUUCAGGGCUGCCUGGAUGCCCUUGGUCACUACAAGCAAGCAAAAGACCUAGCGCUGGCAGCUGAGGCACUCCGGGUGGCCCGAGGGCACCUGGCCCGCCUCACCGGUCGAGGUGGUACCGAGGAGAUCCUGGACAUCAUCUUCCGGGACUUCUGUGUGGGCAAGUGAGAGGACAGCCGGAGCUCAGGCCCAGGCUGGAUGGACACCCAGAAGUCUUGAUAUAGCUGGGAACAGCUUAGGCCAAGUGGGAGUCUCUUCUCCUCGGGGAAGAAUUUGACCCCAAAUGGUGAAGCCUCUGUUGCUGGUGGUGCUCAAGCUGCAGCUGACCAGGUUCUCUAGUGGGGCCUUGCUGGGAGUUCAGGCCCUGGAGUAGGACUGAAUGCAGGAGGUACCUGAUGCUGGGAGAGUAUGGGUGAGCUGGAGGUUGGAGGGUCUCAGGAGUCUUUGUUUCAUAGUUUUUAAUUUAUUUUGCAAAUACCAAAGGAAUGUUUAAAAAAAAAAAAACAGCUCAGAAAUGUUUAACCACCCCCUCCCCUGGGGUCAGGGCUUAACUUAUAUCCUUUCGGAACUUUCUCUGCCUGUUUUCAUACCUGCGGAUGCAUAUAAAACAUGUUUUGUCUUGUA